AUGACACAACAACCUUCUUACUUGAGUGUCCAAGCAAUCUCCUUCUUAUCUUAUCUGUAUCAUUCUUUGCAUCAGUAUGGUCCUUAUUUGAUAGUGGUUCCACUAUCAACAAUUGGCUCUUGGCAAAAUGAAUUUCAAAUUUGGGCACCUGAUCUUAAUGUCAUCUAUUAUACUGGACCUUCUCAAAGUCGUGAAGUAAUAAGAGAACAUGAAUUUUUUGUUCCAUAUUCAUCAUCAAAAAAAUUAAAAUUCAAUGCCUUGGUGACAACUUAUGAAUUCAUUCUUAAGGAUCGUAAAGAACUAGGAAAUAUUAAAUGGCAAUAUUUGGCAGUUGAUGAAGCGCAUCGAUUGAAAAACAGCGAAUCACAACUCCAUGAAGUAUUGUCUACUUUUCAUACAUCUAAUCGACUUUUAAUAACAGGCACACCAUUGCAGAAUUCAGUUAAAGAAUUAUGUGCAUUGGUUAAUUUUCUUAUGCCUAAUUUUUUAAUCGCUUCUGACAUUGACAUUGAUGCACCUGAUGAGGAACAGGAAAUAAAAAUUCGUGAACUUCAUAAAAGUCUUGAACCCCAUAUGCUUAGGCGACUAAAGAAAGAUGUAGAAAAAUCACUUCCACAAAAGACUGAAAGAAUACUUAGAGUUGGUCUCUCACCAUUACAAACGCAUUAUUAUAAAAAUAUUCUUACCAAAAAUUUUAAUGUACUUAAUGAAGGUGUUACCGGCUCUUCACAAAUGAGUUUAUUAAAUAUUGCUAUUGAAUUGAAAAAAGCUAGUAAUCAUCCAUUCUUAUUUCCUAAUGCUGAAUCUCCAACCAAUACUAGAGAAGAUCAACUACGAGGUUUAAUCAUGAGUAGUGGGAAAAUGGUGUUACUAGACAAAUUGCUCACCAGAUUAAAGGAAUCUAAUCAUCGUGUUCUUAUAUUUUCUCAGAUGGUCCGUUUGUUAGAUAUCUUGACAGAUUAUUUGAGGUUACGUGGAUAUCAACAUCAACAUUGGAACCCACAAAAUGAUCUCCAAGCAAUGGCAAGAGCACAUCGAAUUGGUCAAAAAAAUCAUGUAAAUGUUUAUCGAUUUGUGACAAAAGAUACUAUGGAAGAAAGCAUCCUUGAACGUGCAAAGCGUAAGAUGGUUUUGGAGUAUUGUAUUAUCAAACAAAUGGACACGUCUGGUAAAAGCAUUUUGCAGAGAAAUACCAAGACUGCCACUAAAGCAUCAGACAAUUUUAGUCGUGAAGAAUUAUCGGCAAUAUUAAAAUUUGGUGCUCAAAAUAUGUUCAAAGAAAGUGAUAACACUAAAAAGCUUGAUGAUAUAGAUCUUGAUGACAUACUUGCGCGUGCUGAAACUCAUGACACUAUUGGGGAUCAGGGUAGUAGUAGCUUUGGUGGCGAAGAGUUCCUAAAACAAUUUCAAGUUGCAGAUUUUGGUGGUGGGGAUUUAAGCUGGGAUGAAAUAAUUCCAAAAGACGAAAUAUAUAAACUUUCAUCAAGUCAGCAAUCUUCUAUUUCAAUUGAAGAAGAAGAAGAGCAAUAUAAAUUGGGAAUGAAACGAAGGAAUACAAGCGCAAGUUCAAGUUUUGUUUCUGAUGAUUACCUUGGUUCAGAAUGUAGUGAUAAACAUCCAAAAACAACUAAAAAAACUAACAACAAAAAAGGUGCAAAUGAUGCAGAAAAAUCAAGAUCACAAUCAGAUGUUGAUGAAUCUGACAGUAACCAAUCUUCCAUAAAACGUGUCUCGUCCAGUUCAGGCAAGGAGUUAAGUCUAAAAGAAAUUAGAGCACUAAUUAGAGCAGUAAUGAAAUUUGGUGAUAUAAAUCAACGUUAUGAUGACAUAGUUGCAGAUGCCAAAUUGACAGGAAAAAGUAAAGAAAAUUUGAUAAGGAUAUAUAACGAGCUAUUUGAUACUUGUGAAUCUGCAAUAAGAUCUCACGAAGAUUUGAAUGACUCGCAUUCAAACUCUCGUGGGAGAGCGAUCAUGACUUCUUAUAGAGGAAUUGAGAAAAUUAAUGCUGGCUCGUUUAUACAAAGAAUUAUUGACCUCAGAGCAGUUAACAGUCUUGAAGCAAUAAAUGACCCAUCACGCUUUACAAUCAGUUUUUCCCCAAAGCCUGUAGGUAGUUGGUUCACAGAAUGGGGUCAAGAGGAAGAUUCCUUAAUUAUCUCAGGCAUACAUAAACAUGGAUACGGAAACUGGCAAACUAUUCGUGAAGAUCCAGAUUUGGGACUUCAAGAAAAACUUUCUGUUGAUAAGGAUGAUGCCACUCUACGAGCCUCCAAUAUAGCAAAGGUAGCUCGUAGAACAGAAUAUUUAUUGAAAGUGAUCAGAGAGUGGGUUGAAGAAAAUCAACAAAAGGCCCAAAAUGAUGCAAACGAUGAAGAAGUGAAAAUAAACCUUGUAUGCAAAGAGUUGCUGCGCUCAGUCAAAGAUAGUCUCCAAUGGCUAAAAAAAGAGUCAAUAAAACAUGAGGGAAAAGAAAAGGCCAGAUUGAUUAAAGAACACAUGAAAAUAAUCGGAUCUAAAAUUGAUGAGAUACUUUCUACAAAGUCUGUUGGGGAACGAGAUGAGUGGAAACAUAAUCUAUGGAGAUUCGUUACUUAUUUUUGGCCACGAGAAGUUGAUGCUGAUCAAUUGAUUGUUUUACGAGAUAAACUCAUUGCUGCUGAAUCAGAAAAGUCAUAA